GUUGUUAAACAAAAUAAUUUAAAAAUAUAACUAAUGUAUUUAUCAAUUAGGUCCUCUUCAUAGUGAAAUGAAUUCUUCUCGGUUUCUUCCGGAUUUGUAUUCAAAGUACGUUCAAGGUUGCGUGCUUGUAAUAAACCACGUUCGGCAGCUACACCUGGAACGCCAGCAGCCUGUGGUCAGCCGGAAGUCCCGCAGCUGCAGGCGGAUCCCAUGGCUGAACGGUUCGCGACUAUGGCCUCUUCCGAACAGCAGAUCAAAACAUUCAACAACUUGUCGAAACAAGCAAUUGAUGAAUAUGAAGAAAUUCUGAAAGAAAAUGAGAAGAUAAAGGAAGAGAAUUUAAGAUUGAUUGAAGAAAAAGAUAAUGUCAUUCAGCAGGUGGAAGAACUCCACAGAGUUUCGCAAAUGGUGAUUAAUGAAGUCGAUGUAAUUCAGAGUCAUCUUGAUAUUGAGAAAAGUUGCCGUGAAACUGCAGAAGUACUUGCUUCAAAGCUGGACAAAGACAAUAAAGCCCUUAAACAAAUCAGUAUGCACUACAUGGAGAAGUUGGGAGCUGAUGCUCUUCCUGCUGAACUUUCUUUGGGAGAAGAUUCAGCAAAUGAUGCAACAAAUAAGCAAGUAAACAACAAUGUCAUAUGUUCUUCAAUAGAAUGCCAAAAUCAAAUGCAAGAUCUUCGAAAAAAUCUUGCAUCAAUACUGGAAGAGAAGAAGCAGUUGUCUUUUCAGCUGGAGAACCUAAAAGACUUGGCUGAUAAACUACAAAAGGAAGAAGAAAAGAAUAAUUUACUGGCUGCUGAAGUCGAAAAUCAAAAUCAAGUUCUUGCCAAGUACAGCAAAGUUUCAAUGUUGGCUGUAGAGGAAUACGAAGGCUUAGAGCAAAGUCUGGAACUGGAGAAAGAUCUCCGAAAGGAAGCAGAGUCCUUUGCCCAUGAGAUGCUGGUGGAACAAAAAUUAAAAAGACAAAGUCAAAUUCUGACUCAGAAUAUGGUGCCUCAUGAGCAACUCAUGAAGGCUCUUGAUGAGCUUGCAAUUGUGACAGGGAAAAUGGAGGAGGAGAGAAUUUUGCAUGAGAAAAAGGUAAAGGAGUUGGAGAAACGGUUGAAUGAUUCAAGACUUCAGAAAGAAGUAAACUCACUAAAGAAACAGCUUAAACUUUUUAAAGAAGACAAAGAGGAACUCGAAGUUCAUUGUAAACAGCGUGAUAAGCAAGUGAGGGAUUUGAAACAUACCAUUGAUGAACUGGAAAAACGUAUCAAACAAGCAGAAAUGGCAUCAUUGCCACCAGAACCACCACCAGCUCCACCUCUUCCACAGAUGUCACCUUCUUCAAAUCAUCUAAAAGAUCUUAUGAAGAUUCUAUGUAAAAAACAAAAUGAAUCCAAUAGGUCUGAGGUUGGAAGGUCCCUUACAGAGAAAUCAGGCAAUUCUUUUGAUGAAGUGAAGAAACAAGCAGUUGAUGAAAUGAUGGAAAGAAUUAAGAAAGGAGUUCAGCUUCGGAAGGUCAAUGAAACAAACAAGACUGCACCUAAUAAGAACACACCUCGAGAAUCUGAUGCUUUGCAGGAACUCAGAGGGAUACUGAAAUCUCAUAAAGAGGGAACAUUGGCAACCAAUACAAAGGUCAAAGAAGAAAAUGAGCUGCAAAGAAUCCUAAGGCACAGGAAAGAAGUAACGGAAUCUGAUGCUGGUACUGUUGACACCCUGAAAAUCAAGAAUUAUCAGCCUCUGCUUUAAGUAUAUACAAUGACUUGGCCUCCACAGUCAUCUGUGGCAAUGAAUUCCACAGAUGCACCACAUCAGUCGAAAGAAAUUCCUGCUCAUCUAAAGAAAUUGUUUCCAGAAACUCCGGCCAUUGCUGUUUUGCUGUCACGGAUGCCAUGGAAGCAUAAGGGUUAGAGUGUCACUAAUACUGCUCAGGGCGUUGGAGUUUGGAGUUCAAUUCGAGUGUCAUCUGUAAGGAGUCUGUACGUCCUCCCCAUGAAGACCAUGAGGUUUCUCCAGGUCCUCCAGUUUCCUCCCACAGUCCAAAGGCGUAUUGGUUAAUUGCUCAUUGUGAAUUGUUUUGUGAUUAGGCUACGGUUAUAUCGGUGGUUGCUGGGCAGUGAGCUUGAAGGAUCGGAAGGGCCAGUUCUGUGCUGUAUCACUAAGUAAAUAAUCAAUCCUGUGCCUUCCAAAUUGCUCCCAGAACCUUCAGCCAUUGCUGUUCUGCUGUCCCUUUCCAAUCAACGUUGGCCAGCUCCUCUCUCAUGCCUCUGUAAUUCCCUUUACUCCACAGUAAUACUGAUAUAGAAACAUAGAAAAACUACAGCACAAUACAGGCCCUUUGGCCCACAAAGUUGUGCCGAACAUGUCCCUACCUCAGAAAUUACUAGGCUUACCUAUAGCCCUCUAUUUUUCUGAGCUCCGUGUAUCUAUCUAAAAGCCUAUUGUAAUAAGACCCUAUUGUAUCUGCCUCCACCACCAUUGCCGAUAGUCCAUUCCACGCACUCACCACUCUCUGAGUAAAAAACUUACCCCCGACAUCUCCUCUGUACCUACUCCCUAGCACCUUAAACCUGUGUCCUCUUAUGGCAACCAUUUCAGCCCUGGGAAAAAGCCUCUGACUAUCCACAUGAUCAAUACCUCUCAUCAUCUUAUACACCUCUAUCAGGUCACCUCUCAUCCUCCAUCGCUCCAAGGAGAAAAGGCCGAGUUCACUCAACCUAUUCUCAUAAGGGAUGCUCCCCAAUCCAGGCAACAUCUUUGUAAAUCUCCUCUGAACCCUUUCUAUGACUUCCACAUCCUUCCUGUAGUAAGGUGACCAGAACUGAGCACAGCACUCUAAGUGGGGUCUGACGAGGGUCCUAUAUAGCUACAACAUUAUCUUUCGGCUCCUAUCUGACUUUAGCUUCUCUCUCUCAACUGCAGGGAGAAUUCUGUCAUAUUGUGAUCAAUAUUCUGAAUAGUUAUUUUACAUAAUUAAUUAAAUUUAUUUAUUUAUUGGGGUACAGUGUGGAAUCGGUCCUUCAAGCUGUGCCAUCCAACUAACCGCGAAUUAACCCUCGCCUAAUCACAGGACAAUUUACAAUGACCAAUUAACUUACCAAUCGGUACGUCUUUGGGCUGUGUGAGGAAACCAUGAAACCUGCAAGAAACCCAUACGGUCACUGGGAGAACGUACAAACCCCUUAAAGGCAACGUCGGGAACUGAGCCCAGGUUGCUGGUACGGGAAAGCAUUCUGCUAACCACUACAGUACUGUAUCUAUCUACUGCCCAUCAUACCACUGGCAUUUAGGGCAGCAAUGAAGCUGGUAGUUCCUUACUUUCCACUGAAGGAGCUUGCCCUAUUGAAGAUCCCCAGCAGUUUUUGUUUGAUGCACCAGGGUCACUUGCCUGCAGAUUAUUUAAUACAAUAUAGGGAACUAAUUGACUGAAUUAAUAAUGAAGGCAAGCUUACAUGAUUACUGCCAUCUCAGUAAUCAUGUACUUUCAAAAUACCCAGAAUUCUGUAGUGUUGCAGUUUGAGUGAUGCUAUCACACCUUGGGUUAUUGGAGGUCAGAGUUCAAAUCUGACGUAAUCUGUAAAGUGUGUGUAUAUCCUCCUCAUGGAAUGUGUGCGUUUCCUCUUGAGUGUUCCAGUCUCCUCCCACUGUCCAAAGACGUGCCAGUAAGUAGGUUAAUUGGUCAUUGUAAAUUGUCCUGAGAUAAGGCUAGGGUUAAAUAGGGGGAUUGCUGGGCAGCACAGCUCGAAGGGCUGAAAAGGCCUGUUUUGUGCUGUAGCUCAAUGAAUAAAUAAAUAAACUGAACUGCAUCAAAUUAAGUUAAAUAAGUAAUCUUCUCUUAGAACUCCCAUUAUGUUAAUAUAAAAUUGGAACUGGGGCCUUCAUUCUCCAAAGGGAAAGUCUACUCAGGUGACAAGAGCACAUCAGAGGUGCCUACAUUUGCAAAUAAUUUUCUUUCCAUUAAAUUGGUGUUUUUCAUUGAGUUUUUCAUUUAGAAUUUUAAUUUCAUUUCAUUCUGAAAAAGACACUGACACAUUGUUUUAAAAUCUAAUUAAUAUUGGGCUAUCCACUUAGCAAAAUGCAGGGAGUAUUUUUUUUACUUAUCAUGAAUCUAAUGAUAAAUGAAUGCAGUGACAUAUGUUGUGACUUUAAAUGUCACAUUAACCCCAACUUGAAGAUGAACAUUCCAGUUGGGUUGCUUUAGAGGCAUUGACUUUUCUUUUUAAAAAGGAGUUGUUUGUUCUUAAAUAACUUGAGAAUAAUUGUUCUAUCUAUCACAUGUGAGGAUUUUGGAUACUUUAUCAACUCAGAAAGUGCUAAGUAAAUAGGAUCACCUUGUUACUCUGGUACUUCCAUUGGUAAUUGAAGUUUAGACGCAUUGCAUUUUUGUGAAAUGAAUCUGCCUUUUACAGGUGUGUGCCACUCAGAGAUUACAAAGGGUGUUAAAAGAGGUUAAAUCAGCACAAAUGGAAACGGAAAUUACUUUCCAAUCUGAGUUUUACCAAGAGUAUAUUCUUUUCAAGCAAUCUAUUUGUUUUUUAAUCUUAAAAAGCACUAAAAAUAAAGCCAGAAGUUGGAGAGCUUGAGGUGAAGAAGUCUGAGUAAACUGCUAAACUUAGUUUGUGAAUAAAGUCACUUAAAGCAAUCACUGAGAUGUGAGCUGGAAUUGCAUCCUUUCCUAUCUUUCAGACUAAAUAUUCUUUCACGGUCGAUUUAAGUGCAACAAUGAUAUUGUACAGUGUGUGGAUAAGAGCAGCAAAUUUAAUUUGUGAAAGUGAGAAUUUUUUUUGGAGUUGCUCUUUGUCAAUGUGCAUAGCAUUUUCCUCUUCAUCUUAAAAGAUUAGAUUUGAUUAACUUAGCCAAAGCAGGUCAGGCACUGAUGUGUUGAUCCUCUGUAUAAUUUAUUGCACCCAAUGAAGUACAAAAAUACCUUGACGGGGAAGGAAAUGAAAUGAAUCGCUGCAAAUUCAAACACAAUGCAUGAUAACUGAAAACCAAACAGUACUUUGUAUUUUUGUAUUCUGCACAGACAUGGUUAUUAUGUGGAAUAAAAGAAUUAUGUGAACUUCCUCAUUUAGUCCACUGACCACUUAUUGUUGAAAAUUGAUACUUCAGAAUAAAACCUUUGCUGUUAAAUCAACAUUUUCUUUAUUUUCCAUUAACCCAUAUAUUGCUGGUAUUUAUUUAUAAAGGACAAAUUUUACUAAAGCAUUCAUUGUAUGUUUCUCAUUGGCAUUGUUGAAAUUCUUAUAAAAUAUUGAUUUAAAGAAUGCAUCUGCUUUGAUAAUACAGUAUGGUGCUGAACCUUGCCUUGAAAUAGUUUAUUACAGUGGUGAAAAAAAUGGAAGCUCUGUCUUGGAAUCUUUGAUUAUGAAUGACUACUGGGGUAAAGUUAAUCUUUGGUAGCUGGCAAUGGGUUUGCUAAACUACGACUUAAUGUAAAGUUCACAUGCAGGGAAGGAGAAAAGUCAUUCGUUGAACUUUGUUGUAACAGAUGGCAAUUUAGUUGUAACCCUUGGUAUUUGCAUAACAAUUAGGUCACUUGGUAAAUACCCAGGGGGCCAAAGUGCAAAUUGGGCAAUUUUACUUUGGAUCCAAUCACAAUAGCUGGGGAAAUCAAAUUUAAAUAAUUGAAGAAGUAAUUAAAUAAAUCUGGAAGUUUAUUUAUAUAUACACAAAGUGAAUUCUGGUUAAUUGGCCAUCGGUUAAUCAGGACAGCUGCUUAUUUGGGGCAAAAACUAGUUGGGAAAAUAGCAGGACAGUACCCUUCCCUUUCUACCACUCACCUCCCAAGCCUACCAACCUGGGGUGAACGUCCAAGUGUAACCUUGUAAUGCCCAGGAGAGCAUACAAGGUGAGGAUUAAGCACAAGUCUUGAUCAUGCUUGCUGACAUUUAAACCAGCAGGCCCAACUUUCAGUGAUCUCUUAAAGUAAAGUUCCAUGAUGCUAUCCUGAAUGGUUAAAAGGAAGUCUCAAGCUACCAUCAGGCAAGAGGUUUGAAGCAUGAAGUCCCACACCAUCAGACUCAAGAACAGCUACCGCCCUUCAAACAUUUGGUUCUUGAACCAACCAACACAACCUUAAUCACCUACCACCCCCCAGCCUCCGCAUCCAGUUCAUAAUUCUGCAGGAAUUCUGCCAUCUCUAAAUAGAUCCCACCAAAAAGAACAUCUUUCCCUCCCCCCCACCCCACUUUCUGCUUUCCGCAGGGAUCGCUCCCCAUGCGACUCCUUUGUCCAUUCAUCCCUCCCCACUGAUCUCCCUCCUGGCAUUUAUUCUAGCAAGCGGAACAAGUGUUACACCCUGCCCCUACACCUUCUCCCUCACUACAAUUCAGGGCCCCAAACAGUCCUUCCAGGUGAGGUGACACUUCACCUGUGAGUCUGUUGGUUCAUAUACUGUAUCUGGUGCUCCCGGUGAGGCCUCCUGUGUAUCAAUGAGACCUGAAAUAGAUUGGGAGAUCAUUUUGCUGAGCACCUAUGUUCCGUCUGCCAGGCAAAGUGGGAUCUCCCAGCUGCCACCCAUUUUAAUUCCACUUCCCAUUCCCAUUCCAAUAUGUCUAUCCAUGGCCUCCACUACUGUCAUGAUGAGGUCACACUCAGGUUGGAGGAACAAUGUCUUAUAUUCUGUUUGGGUAGCCUCCAACCUGAUAGCAUGAACAUCAAUUUCUCAAACUUCCAGUAAUGCCCUCUCCCUUCCUUCACCAUUCCCCAUCCCCUUUUCUCUCUCUCACCUUAUCUCCUUGCCUGCCCAUCACCUCGCUCUUUCUUUCAUGGUCUUCUGUUCUCUCUAAUUGGAUUCCCCCUUCUCCAGCCUUGUCUUUCUUUCACCAAUCAACUUCCCAGCUAUUUAAAUCACCCCUCCCCCUCCCAGUUUCAUCUAACAUCUUAUGUUUCUCUCUCCCCUCCCCCCACUCCUCAUCUUUCUCUCUCCAAUUCUGCCAAAGGGUCUCGGCCCAAAACAUUGACUGUACUUUUUUCUGUAGAUGCUGCCUGGCCUGUGGAGUUCCUCCAGCAUUUUGUGUGUGUUGUUCAACUUCAAUCACUACAGUUUAGCAACACAAUGACCACUUUGAUCAUCUUGUCCAAACAUGGACUUUGUUUUUCUUGUUCUAAUUAUGUUCUUUCUUAUAAAAUUGUUCAUUCCAUGUUUAAUUUAUGUAUGUGUAUCUUGUGAAUGCUGAUUACAAGAUGCUUGUGAGGUUGUUGUAUUGGGAGUUUUUUUACUACUCCUGUAUAUGUGUGUACUUGUACAUUUGUUAAUAAACUUGACUCAG